UGUCAAUACUCAGAUAUUACUUUAUGGGAACAAAAUCGGCACAAUCUGUCCCAAAACAAUUGACUCUGGCUCUACCGUGAGCUGUCAAUUUCUCGAUUUUGAAAAGCCUGCGACAACAUUCUACAAAAAUGCUCAAUUGGUGGUUGGGAAAGCCUGCGGGGAGGAACCGCGUUGAAGAUGAAAAUGCAGAGUUACUGGAUGCACCAGAAACUCCAGCCCCAGUUUUCGCUGCCCGGGCCUUGAAGAGUGCUAUAUUUGGUACGCCAGCUCGUCCUGACGAUACUAUCUACGACGACCUCGACAGGACAAUGCCAAAGGAUGAUAGAAGUUCGCAGGCACGAAGCAUGUCUCCGACCAAGCCGUCUGGUAUUCUUUUGACACCGGGUACGGCAAUGGGUCGACGCAAGACGGUAUCUUUCGACCAUGAAGUUGCGGACCAGGAGAACGAGAGUAAAACUCGUGUGAAACCUAGCAGCAAAAGUGGAAUACCAGAUGAUUGCCCCGGAAAGUUCCCAAGUCCUUGGAUUCCAAAGAGCGAAGCGCGAAAGGCGAGACGAAGAACGUCUUUGACACAAGCUUUGGAGGAUGCUCGAGGACAGAAGUCUGAAAAAAGCCGUUUGGAGGUCAGGCGACGAUCAUCGGACUCUGAAGCGGCACCUCAGCCUGCACCAAAAGAGGAAAUCCCCCAUACAACAGUGUCGAGCCAAUCACUGAAGCCUGAAGUUGACAGUCAAGAUUUCCUGAAGGAACCAACCAAAGAGGCUGGAGUCGAUAGCGACAUGACGGUGGACCUGAACGAACCACACUCUAAGUCUGGCAAGUUUUGGAAAUCAGAAUACGAACGCUAUCAGGAGGAUAUUCGUGUUGAGAUCACCAAGCUAACCAACUACAAGAAUCUGGCCAAAUCGUAUGCUCAUUCCAAAGAUGCACAGGCUAUGAAUCUUGCAGUGAAGCUGAAAGAAGAGCAAGCUAAAGUGAUUGAGAUGGAAAACAAAAUAUCGAAAUUAUCCUUCAAGAUCGCAAGACUGGGACGAGAGGGACGAGAUGACGACGCGCCGGUUUUGAUCAAAGAGCUCGCCAGACAAACUGCUCUGGCGGUGCAAUACAAAGGUCAGGUUGAAGAGUUCCGAGUUGCAUUAGAAGAAAAUGGCAUUGAGAUCAGCCCUCAGAAAGGGGCCAGCAAGGGAGAGACGGGGUUUGCUUCGCCACGGACGGAACAAACAAUUCUUGAUACUCGCCGCGAACUCAGAAAGGCGAGAGCUCAGUUGAAAGACAUGGCUGCUUUUCGAGAAGAAUUGCAAUCGCUGCAUCAAGCCCUGUCUGAUGCAAAGAAAGCUUCAACAAAGCUUGAAGCUGAGAACACCAAAUUGACCCAGGAACUACUCCAUUCGGAUUUACGUCUUGCGACGCAUCUUGAGAAAUGCGAAGCGAAGGAUCAUCAAUCGGAUGAGCACAAGCUAAAGAAAGACGAGGCAAUCCAGAAUUUGCAGAGAGAUUAUGACCAGUUGAAAGAGCAAGCCAAGUCAAGUCGUCGAGAUGCAGAGCAACUCCUGAAGAAGCGUCAAGAGCAGAUAGUUGAUCUGAGGAAGGAACUUGCGUCAGUGCGUGGCUCCGAUUUCACUGUCAAAGAGCUCCAGCAGGCAUUACAGAAGAAAGACCUCGAGCAUGCACAAGAGGUAGAAAAGUACAAGAAGCAGAUCGAGGACUUGAAGAGGUCGCAGGAAACAGGAGCAAGCUUCGCGCGAAGACUAGAGGAGAAGACGGACAACAAGGAGGAUAUAAUUCUCCCACCAAGAGAAUGGUAUCCGCCCAAAGCUUCUCCUAUACGAGAAAGUCAGAUUCCAGUCCCCGCGUCAACGAUUUCUCGACCCCUGAAGACAUUCUCCUCAAGGUCAUCAUUACAUGAGGACUCCCUGCACACACCACGACCCCGAGCAUCACAUCCCGCAUUGUCGGAGAUAAUCAAUAAUGCCAACGUAGACACCUUACCUCCUCAGCGAUACGGUCCUGUUCAACACACGCCAAUGGGUCCCACAACACCGCUUUCGGAUCAAUUCCCAAUGACCGUUAAAUCACCAGAACUGACAAUGCCAUGCUUCGAGUCAACACAACUGGUUGAACCUGCCAAAGGUGUCCACGCCCGGAAUUGCAAUGCUAGUCCCAGACCGUCGAUGUUCAAUAUAGCAUCUAGUCCUCCAAAAGCGGCUUUAAUGCGAACUCAUACCGCGAAUGGCCUCUCACGGCAACGAUCUAACAAUGAUCUCGGCUCCCGUCGACUUGCCGAUAUCAAUUCCAGUAGACUUGCAGAUGCCAGUCGUCUACCUGCUCUGGAGACGACCAAGACGAAAGUUCCAAUUCCCCCGGAAAGAGUUGCAGCUGCGAAAGCACGAUUAGAGGCGAAGGCAGCGGAAAAGAAAAAAGCUGCGGAAGCAGGAAAGGAGAAUGUUAAGGCGUGAACAUGGUUUGGUAGCAUUCUUUGAGGCGUUGAUGUGUUCUGUAAGCAACUUUAUUUGCAGGCUAGAAUUUUGCGUUUGCUGGAGUCUUGUGGUACCGAUACCUAUUUGUGGGCUCUUAUUGUAGAGCGAAGGAGUUGAGGGGAGUUCGGAGAUUCGAUGGUCCGCUGUGUGAUUUUGAAAAUAUGUACAUUGUUCUCCAAGAAACCACAGCAGAUAAAGUCCUAAUUUCUAUCCAGCAUUCCAC